ACGAAGAAGACAUUAGUGACGUUUCUGAAAACCGGCAAUUCGUCGGCGUCAUCUUGCUUAUUCUACCAGUUUGCUUGCCGAGAUCGUAUGAUCUGUACUCUGCUUUCAUUUUUUUCAUUAUUUUCAAGAGCAAUGGCUGAAGCACGCGAAAGAACUUUCAUUAUGGUGAAACCCGAUGGCGUCCAAAGGGGUUUGGUAGGAAAAAUCAUCAAACGAUUCGAAGCUAAAGGAUUCAAACUUGUAGCAAUGAAAUUCAUGUGGCCAUCAGAGGAGCUCUUGAAGAAACACUAUGCCGAUCUUUCUGCCAGACCUUUCUUCCCUGGACUAGUUAAAUACAUGAGCUCUGGCCCUGUUGUCCCCAUGGUCUGGGAAGGCACUAAUGUUGUAAAAACUGGUCGUGUUAUGUUAGGAGCUACAAAUCCAGCUGACUCGACCCCAGGAACCAUCCGAGGAGAUCUCUGUGUGGAAGUUGGCCGCAAUAUUCUCCAUGGAUCAGAUGGUGUAGAAAGUGCCAAGAAGGAAAUUGCUUUAUGGUUCACUGAAAAGGAAGUAAUCUCCUGGACCCCAGCUCAUGAAUCAUGGGUUUAUGAAUAAAUGUGAUAAUUUUUGAAUUUUGUAUAAGCUGCAUUUAAAUAAAAAUAUUGUUGAAAU